AUGGACGAGGUUAUCCGUUUCCGUCAGGAACUGCAGCGAGCCCAAGCGUCUACGCCCAAACUUAGCGGCGGAAACGGCGCCAUUGGCGGCCGCGGAUACGCGGAGCCUCCGCGAACGCCGCCGGGACUUGCGGGUGGCUUGCGAGGCGGCGGCGCGAAUGCGCUACUGAGCGGUGCCACACGGACGGUCAAGAUCUCCCGAUCGCAGUCGCUGCAGCCCAAGGCCGGUGCGAUGGGGGCGUUUCUCCGCGCGCUUAAAGAGACGGAGGGGGCGGAGGGCGAGGGGAAAGGGGGAGGCGGAGAAGGGGGAGGCGGCGGAAGGGGGUUUGGCGCAGGCGGGGAGAAGUCCCUCGGGUUGCGCCGAGCUGCGGAUCCGCUUGACGGGGGCCACAGCGGAGGCGGAAGCGGCGGCUUGCGCGGAAGCGGGGAAGGGGGAAGGGAUUCCGGGCGGAGCGGAAGCAGGAACGAGCUCUCCGGAGGGCGGCGGGAGGGGGGAGAUCCGGAAGAGCGCGGACGGCAGGACGGCGAGAUGGGAAGAAACGGCGGAAUCGUGAACCGCCGGCUUAACUUGGGGGGCGCGGGGGUGAUGGCGGGCGGAAGCCUUGGGCGGAAGAUGGGGAGCGCAAUGCGCCGAUCAACCUCGGUUCAGGUGCAGAAUAUGUCCGCUUCGGGCAGCCGCGCUGGCAGCGGACGAAAAGACGCGUUCCACGAGGCGGUUGAGGAGAUGCUGGGGGAGAAGCGGGCAGGAGAAAAAGAUUCCGACGGGAGGCGUGGGGGGGGUAAGGACCGGGAUGGGGAUCGGGACAGGCACAGGGAUAGCGAUCGGGAUGAGCGGAAUUUCCGCUCCGAUGACGAUCGCGACCGUUCUUCUAACGAGCGUCGCAAUAGCGGGGAGUUUCGUCUCGAGAAGGAAUAUUUGUCCGAGCGGGAAGAGCGGGGCGGGAGGAGGAGUGGUGAGUAUGACAGGAGUUCUACUAGCGGGGGCAGGAAUUUAUCUCAUUUAUCUAAUUUAGCGGGUGGCGGGGGAAGCAACCCUAGCAGCGGAGAGUUCGAGAUCGGGGGAAGCAGGGGCGCGGCCGGAGGGGGAGUUUCCAGGUUGGGAGCCGGGGGAGGGGGAGCGGGUGGAGACCCCUUCCGCGGACUCGGCGGAAACAGGGUGCCGAUCGGGGGAAGCGUGGGGCGGCGGAGCGGAAUGGGGCUUCUGCGGAGCGGAUCCCUGCAGCCCCGCAACUCGCGCAAGAUCGCGCGCGACUCGUUCUUUGGCGCGCUAGAAGAGGUGGACGAGGAGAAAGGGGCGGGGAAGGGCGCAGGCGAGAGCGGGAGGGUUCCGCACUCGCUUUCCGCCGGUGGUCAACCGCCCAUGAGCCCUCUUAAAAGCUCCCUCGGCCAGGAAGGAAAACAGAGCUUCGACCUGUCUCAGUCCCACAGACGCGGCCAUUCCGUUUCGCUCCACGACUCCUCCAGCGGCGGCGGGGGCGGCGGAGUGCUAGAAAAGGGCGGCGGCGCGUUGGCGGGGCUCCCAGUUGUGCCUCUAACGGGGGGAGCGGCUGUAGCGGGCGUUCCUGGGGUGGGCGGCGUGGUACUUUCUGGAAAAUCAAGGCCGCUUUCCAGCCUUCGCAGAGCAUCGUCUCUCGUGCCUGUAGGGGCAAAGGAUAGGCCGGGGAGCUCGGGGGGGCUGAGAGGCGGGGGAGGCGGAGGGUUGGGGGGAGGCUUGGGGGGAGGCGGGGGGGGAAGAGGUGGGGAUUCGGAAGAGUCGUUUUCGACAUCAUCCAUGCCAGCCAAUAAGAAGAUCGAAUAUGACAGGGCGCAGAGGGAGAGAGAGGGGUAUGGGGCACGGGAUGGGCACAGGGACGGAAGCAAGGAGAGGCUCAGGGAGGAGCAUAGGGAUGGGCAUAGGGAGGGGCAAAAUGAUGGGCAUAGGGAUGGGCACAGGGAGGGGCACAGGGAGGGGCAUAGGGAAGGGCAUAGACCCACUCUUGGGGGGAUUGCGGCUAUCACGGAUGUUCUUCGCUCGGGCAGCCCGGCUGCCCGGGAAAACGCGGCGGCUGCCCUUUUCGCGCUAUCGGUGGAUGAGGCGAAUCAGACGCUGGUUCGGGAAGCGGGAGCGAUCCUGCCAUUGGUCGGCGUGUUGCGCAUGGGCAGCACGCGCGGAAAAAAAGACGCGGCGUUGGUUCUUUUCAACCUAUCUAGAGACCCGCAGAGCCGGCUGGAAAUCGUCCGAGCAGAUGCGGUGAAAGUUUUGCUUGGGCUGCUGGGGUGCUCGGAAGUUGGGCUGGAAGAAAAAGCCAUGGCUGUGCUGGCGAACCUGUGCAGGCUUCAGGAGGGGUGUGAAGCGGUGCUGAGGAUAAACGGUGCGGUUCCGGCGUUGGUUGCAGUGGUGGAAGGCGGUUCACAGAGAGCGAAGGAAGAUGCGGUGAUGACUCUGCUUAUGCUGGCGAAUAGCGAGCCGGAUUGCUGCAGGGGCAUGCAGGGGGAGGGAAUGAUGGAGGUGUUGCGCGAGUUGACUCGGAAUGGGUCUUCCAGAUGUAAGAGCAAGGCCAAGGCUUUAGUUGAGCUUCUUCAGAUGCAGGGGGAGGAGGAUUCUGAGUAA